CAAGUAUGACUGAUUUGAAGUGAAAUGUUUUAUGCUUUUCACUAAAUUGAGCAUGCCUACUUGAAAUUUAAGUGAUUGUCCUGAUGAUUUGAAAGUGAUUGUGAAUUGUGAUUUUCCUGUUAACUUCUGCCUGUUUUGUCUUCGAUGUGGUCAUGUUACUCGUGUGCCCGCCAGUGGGAGGUUUAUAAACGCUUGCCGUGACCUAUAGAGGAGACGUCUAUUUCGUGCCCGUACUGUGUCCGUUUUUCGUGAUUGCACAUGUUGGCAUGCUAUAAGUUUAAUUAAGGGCAAUCCAUAUUUACUUACUGAGUUUAUCUCAUAGUUUUUCCUUGUCCACCAUUUCAGGAAGUGAAACCGAGGACGGGGAAACCACGGGAAGUGACGAGUUAGAAAGCUAGCCAUUUCGAGAUUGAUAGAGAUUCUAGAAAUCAUGAUCUUGUAAGCUAGAGUGUACUUGGAGAUUUUAUGAUAUUAGAGAGAAUUUUUAAUAUUUGAUCUUCAGAUUUUGGUGGUAUCAGAGUUUAGUG